GGAGGCUGCGGGCGCCGCUGUUGACCGAGAGGAGCGAGAGGAGGAUCGGAGCGCUGCCGGCAGCCCCGCCCGCUGCGGCCAGGCUGGAUCGCAGCUCGAUCGCUGGAUUGGUGGGUGGGCAGCCCGGGCGGCGGUGUGCGAUCGUCCUGCCGGUGCGGAUCCGUGCGGCGGAGAGGCGGCGGAGGCUGGGGCAGGGCCCGGGAGCGGAGAGGCCGGUGGGAAAGGUCAGCAAGCGCUGGGAGCUGAGCAGCAGCGGCAGCGGGGAGCUAAGUUGGCGGAGAUGAGCUGGGCGGGGAGGCGCUGGGGCCGGCGGCAGCGAGCUGUGCUCUGGGCCGUCCUGCUGGCGGCGUGGGAGGCGGCGUGGGGGCAGCUGCGCUACUCGGUGCCCGAGGAGCUGCCCAAGGGCUCGUUCGUGGGCGACGUGGCCAAGGACCUGGGGCUGCAGCUGCCGGAGCUAAGCGGUCGGGGUGUCCGCGUUGUCUCGGAAGGUCGGACGCAGUAUUUCGUUCUGCACGGGAAGACGGGACAUUUAGUGACGGCGGAGAGGAUCGACAGAGAGCAGCUGUGCCGGUUGGUGGAGAAAUGUGUGCUGCGCUGUGAGCUGAUCGUGGAGGGACAGAUGCAGGUCUACGGAAUCGAAGUUGAAAUCACGGAUAUUAACGACAACCCGCCGAGCUUUAAAGAAAAUGAGUAUGGAGAGAAGAUUAGUGAGAUGACAGCCCCGGGUUCGCGGUUUCCUCUGGCCAGGGCUCACGACGCGGACUGGGGCCUGAAUUCCCUGCAGAGCUACGAGCUGAGCGGUGACGAGCACUUCUCGCUGGCCGUGCAGGCGGGCCCCGGCGGCGAUCAGCGUCCCGAGCUGGUGCUGGCCAAGGCGCUGGACCGGGAGGAGGCGGCGUUUCACGAGCUGGUGCUGAGGGCGAUGGACGGCGGCGAUCCGGCACGGACGGGCACGGCUCGGAUCCGUGUGACCGUGCUGGACGCGAACGACAACGCGCCCGUGUUCAGCCAGGCGGAGUACACGGUGCGUGUGCCCGAGGACGUGCCCGUGGGCUCUGUCCUCGUCACCGUCGCGGCCACGGACGCCGACGAGGGGCUAAACGGCGUUAUUAUAUACUCGUAUAAGAAAGAGACAGACAGGGCUAUUUUCCAGCUGGACUCUGAGAGUGGAGCGAUCACUCUGUUACAGAGCCUGGACUAUGAGGAAGGCGAAUCUUACGAACUGGAGGUGCAGGCACGGGAUGGCGGAGGCCUUUUCGACACUGCCAAAAUCGCGAUCACUGUCACAGACAUAAAUGAUAACGCACCUGUGAUUUCUGUGCGGUCUGCUCUGAGAGAGAUUUCUGAGGACGAGCCAUCGGGGACUGUGGUUGCACUGCUCCAUGUGUAUGAUCAAGACUCGGGACCGAAUGGUGAAGUGCGCUGCUCCCUCGAUGGGGACGUCCCAUUCCGGAUAGAGAAAUCCCGUAAAGAUUACUACCGUGUGGUGACAGCGAGAGAGCUGGACCGAGAGCAGGUGUCGGAGUACAACGUGACGGUGCGGGCGGCCGACGGCGGGUCGCCGGCGCUGCAGAGCAGCGCGGUGCUGGCGCUGCGGGUGCUGGACGUGAACGACAACGCGCCGGUGUUCGCGGAGGAGCGCUACAGCGCGCGCGUGUGGGAGAACAACGCGGCGGGCGCGCUGGUGCUGACGGUGCGCGCCACGGACGCGGACUGGGGGCAGAACGCGCGCGUGCGGUACCGGCUGGCGGAGGGGCGGGUGCGGGGCGCGGCGCUGUCGUCGUACGUGUCGGUGCAGGCGGAGACGGGCGCGCUGUACGCGCUGCGCUCCUUGGACUACGAGGAGGUGCGCGAGCUGCGGCUGUGGGUGCGUGCGGAGGACGGCGGCGCGCCGGCGCUGAGCAGCAACGUGUCGGUGGUGCUGGUGAUCGUGGACGAGAACGACAACGCGCCGCAGGUGCUGUACCCGCCGCCGCUGUCUCGGGCGGCGGGCUCGGGCGGCGCGUGGUCGGGCGUGGAGCUGGCGCCGCGCUGGUCGGAGCCCGGCGCGCUGGUGGCCAAGGUGGUGGCGGUGGACGCGGACGCGGGGCAGAACGCGUGGCUGUCGUACGAGCUGGCCAAGGCGACGGAGCCGGGGCUGUUCCGCGUGGGGCUGCACAGCGGCGAGGUGCGCACGGCGCGCUCGCCGCUGGCCCGCGACGCGGCGCGCCAGAGCCUGGUGGUGCUGGUGAAGGACCACGGGCGGCCGGCGCUGUCGGCCACGGCCACGCUGAGCGUGCUGCUGGCCGAGAGCGUGGCCGAGCUGCUGGCCGAGCUGGGCAGCGCGGCCGAGGCGGCGGCGCCGGGCGAGCCGGCCGGCAGCCUGACGCGCUGGCUCGUGCUGGCCGUGGCCGCCGUGUCGUGCCUCUUCCUCGCCUUCCUGCUGCUGCUGCUGGCGCUGCGCCUGCGCCGCUGGCGCCGCCAGCACCUGCUGCCGGCCCAGAGCGGCGCCUUGCGCGGCGUGCCCGUGUCGCACUUCGUGGGCAUCGACGGCGUGCGCGCCUUCCUGCAGUCCUACUCGCACGACGUGUCGCUCACGGCCGACUCGCGCAAGAGCCAGCUGCGCUUCUCGGCCGCCAGCUGCUGCGACACCCUCCCGGCGCGGCCUCUGCCCGACGAGCCCGCGCCGCUGCUCGGGGACGAGGACCCUGCCACCGCCCUGCCCGCGGAUCCCGCUGCUCCCUCGGAGCUGGGCAGAGGCUCGCUCGUGGGGCCGCUGGCGCGGGACCUGGGGCUCAGCGCGGACGAGCUGCCGGCGCGCAAGCUGCGGCUGAGCGAGGAGAAGCAAUACUUCACGGUGAAUGAGGAGAACGGCAACCUGUACGUGAACGAGAGGCUGGAUCGGGAGGAGAUGUGCGGCGAGUCGGCGUCCUGCUCUGUCAGCUUCGAGGCGCUGGUGCAGAACCCGCCGAACAUUUUCCACAUCAUGGUGUCUAUUGAGGACGUGAAUGACAACUCCCCUGCCUUCAGCAAGUCUCUUCUGGACGUCGAGAUCGGUGAAUGGACACUUCCUGGUGCUCGUUUUCCUCUGGAGAUGGCUCGAGACGCAGACGUAGGAAGCAACUCUCUACUGACUUACCAUCUAUCCAGCAACCCGUCCUUCUCUCUCAUUAUGAAAGAGAGGGCCGGUGGAAAGAAGCAGCCGGAAUUAGUGCUGGAGAAAGAGCUGGAUCGAGAGAAGCAGAGUUCUUUUGAGUUGGUGCUGACCGUGGUGGACGGCGGGGAUCCAGCAAGGUCUGGGAGUGUCCAGGUUCGAGUAAACGUGACGGACGCUAAUGACAACCGUCCAGUGUUUAGCAAAAGCGUCUACGAAGCGCGAGUGGCGGAGAAUCUGCCUGCAGGUUCCCUGGUGCUGCGGGUGACAGCGACAGAUGCGGACGCGGGCUCCAACGGGCGAGUGUCCUACUCAUUUGGCAGUGUCCAUGAAUCCGUCAGGGCGUUGUUCGCUGUCGACAGCGAGAGCGGCGAGAUCAAAACCGCGGGUCCUCUCGAUUUCGAGGAAAAUAAUAAAUACAUCUUCGGCCUCGAGGCGACUGACGGCGGCGGGCUCACCGACCACUGUGAAGUGCAAAUCGACAUCACAGACGAGAAUGACAACGCUCCUGAGAUCAGCAUUUUAUUCCUGUCCAGUCCCGUGCCCGAGGACGCACCGCUCGGCACCGUGGUGGCUUUGCUGAAG